UUUGCUACAAUCUGCUACAAUGACAAAGAUUGAGCCAAAAGUGCAGAGCAAUAUAACAGAAAAAUAAAUCCUCCUCUUUCUUUUGUCUAGAAAAUGGGCUCCAACUUCAAGUCCUACAGUCUUCCCUCUUUCUUCCUGCUCUUAUCACUCCCAGCCUUCGCCUACGGAUGGGGAUUCGAUGGCCACCAGAUCAUUUGCAAGAUUGCACAAGAUCGUUUAAGUGAGUCUGCAGCGGCAGCAGUUAAAGAGCUACUCCCUGCCUAUGCAGGAGACGACCUCAGCACACUUUGCCCAUGGGCAGACAGAAUCAAGUUCCGAUACCGCUGGUCGUCGGAGCUUCACUACAUCGACACUCCUGAUGAUCUUUGCACUUAUAAUUACAACAGGGACUGCAAAGAUGAAGGGGGUGUGAGAGGGAGGUGUGUCUCAGGUGCCAUCACUAACUAUACUAAUCAGCUUCUCACCUAUGGAAGCUCAGCUGAUGAACCCCAAUAUAAUCUCACAAAGGCACUUCUAUUCCUAUCCCACUUCAUGGGCGACAUCCAUCAGCCUCUACAUGUUGGAUUUACUUCCGAUAGGGGAGGAAAUACAAUCGAUGUUCGUUGGUUCAGACGGAAAUCAGUGCUCCACAGUGUGUGGGAUAAAGAGAUCAUUGAGACAGCCGAAGAUCGAUUUUACGACAAUGUUAUGGAGGAAUUUGUCGACACACUCAAACAGAAUAUCACGGGCGACUGGUCUGAUCAAGUUGUGAAAUGGGAGAAAUGCAACAAUAAUGAUGUUACUUGCCCUGAUAUAUAUGCAUCUGAGAGCAUAAAGGCGGCAUGCAAUUGGGCUUACAAGGACGUCAAAAACAACACAGCAUUGGAAGAUGAUUAUUUCUUAAGCAGACUGCCUAUUGUUAAUCUAAGGCUUGCUGAGAGUGCAGUAAGGUUAGCUGUGACGCUGAAUCGCAUAUUCAAGUGAUCAACAUGAAGACAUGUUUCCUUUGCUUUGCUUAUUAUUAAUCUAUUGUCAAUUGGAUAUUUGAGUAAGGUUUCCUAUUGUUACGCCUUUGAACACCUUUGAGCAAUGUAAGAACUUGAUAAAAGGAAUAUCAACAAUAGU